AGGGGCCCCGCCGGCCUCAGUGACGCUGCGGCCGCCUCCAGCCUACGGCCCAGACCUCUGGGGCGGGGGUGCGGUCGUGCAAUAGGAAGCCGAGGGCGUUGCAAGCUUCCCGUCGGGCACCAGCUACCUGGCCCCGCGCCCUGCCCUUUGCAUUCCCCAGACACCUCGGGAGCCCCCACCUGUGGACCCUGGAGCCCCCUUCACGCGUCGGCCAUGCCUCUAAGCCGCACUUUGUCCAUGUCCUCACUGCCAGGACUGGAGGAUUGGGAGGAUGAAUUCGACCUGGAGAAUACAGUGCUCUUCGAGGUGGCCUGGGAGGUGGCCAACAAGGUGGGCGGCAUCUACACGGUGCUACAGACGAAGGCGAAAGUGACAGGGGAUGAAUGGGGUGACAACUACUACCUGGUGGGACCGUACACGGAGCAGGGCGUGAGGACCCAGGUGGAACUGCUCGAGCCCCCAACCCCAGCCCUGAAGAGGACGUUGGACUCCAUGAACAGCAAGGGCUGCAAGGUGUAUUUCGGACGCUGGCUGAUCGAGGGGGGGCCCCUGGUGGUGCUCCUGGACGUGGGGGCCUCAGCCUGGGCCCUGGAGCGCUGGAAGGGGGAGCUCUGGGACACCUGCAACAUCGGGGUGCCUUGGUACGACCGUGAGGCCAACGACGCCGUCCUUUUUGGCUUCCUCACCACCUGGUUCCUGGGUGAGUUCCUGGCCCAGAACGAGGAGAAGCCACACGUGGUUGCACACUUCCACGAGUGGUUGGCGGGCAUUGGCCUCUGCCUGUGCCGGGCCCGGCGGCUGCCCGUGGCCACAAUCUUCACCACCCACGCCACACUGCUGGGACGCUACCUGUGUGCCGGUGCCGUGGACUUCUAUAACAACCUGGAGAAUUUCAAUGUGGACAAGGAAGCAGGGGAGAGGCAAAUCUAUCACCGCUACUGCAUGGAGCGGGCAGCGGCCCACUGCGCUCACAUCUUUACUACUGUGUCCCAGAUUACUGCCAUCGAGGCUCAGCACCUGCUCAAGAGGAAACCAGAUAUCGUGACCCCCAAUGGACUGAAUGUGAAGAAGUUCUCUGCCAUGCAUGAGUUCCAGAACCUCCAUGCUCAGAGCAAGGCUCGAAUCCAGGAGUUUGUGCGGGGCCAUUUUUAUGGGCACCUGGACUUCAACUUGGACAAGACCUUGUAUUUCUUUAUCGCCGGCCGCUACGAGUUCUCUAACAAGGGGGCCGAUGUCUUCCUAGAGGCCUUGGCCCGGCUCAACUAUCUACUCAGAGUGAACGGCAGUGAGCAGACAGUGGUGGCCUUCUUCAUCAUGCCGGCUCGGACCAACAAUUUCAACGUGGAAACCCUCAAAGGCCAAGCUGUGCGCAAGCAGCUUUGGGAUACGGCCAACACCGUGAAAGAGAAGUUCGGAAGGAAGCUUUACGAGUCCUUGCUGGUGGGGAGCCUCCCGGACAUGAACAAGAUGCUGGACAAGGAGGACUUCACUAUGAUGAAGAGAGCUAUCUUUGCCACGCAGCGACAGUCUUUCCCCCCUGUGUGCACCCACAAUAUGCUGGACGACUCCUCGGAUCCUAUCCUGACCACCAUCCGUCGAAUCGGACUCUUCAAUAGUAGUGCUGACAGGGUCAAGGUGAUUUUCCACCCAGAGUUCCUCUCCUCCACGAGCCCCCUGCUCCCCGUGGAUUAUGAGGAAUUUGUCCGUGGCUGCCACCUUGGGGUCUUCCCCUCCUACUAUGAGCCUUGGGGCUACACGCCGGCUGAGUGCACGGUUAUGGGCAUCCCCAGUAUCUCCACCAACCUCUCCGGCUUCGGCUGCUUCAUGGAGGAACACAUUGCAGACCCCUCAGCUUACGGCAUCUACAUUCUGGACCGGCGGUUCCGCAGCCUGGAUGAUUCCUGCUCGCAGCUCACCUCCUUCCUCUACAGCUUCUGCCAGCAGAGCCGGCGGCAGCGCAUCAUCCAGAGAAACCGCACGGAGCGCCUCUCAGACCUUCUAGACUGGAAAUACCUAGGCCGGUACUAUAUGUCCGCGCGCCACAUGGCGCUGGCCAAGGCCUUUCCAGAACACUUCACCUAUGAGCCCCACGAGGCUGACGCGACCCAGGGCUACCGCUACCCUCGGCCGGCCUCCGUGCCGCCAUCGCCCUCGCUGUCGCGACACUCAAGCCCUCACCAGAGCGAGGACGAGGAGGAGCCCCGGGACGGGCCGCCCGACGUGGACGGGGAGCGCUACGAUGAGGAAGAGGAGGCCGCCAAGGACCGGCGCAACAUCCGCGCCCCCGAGUGGCCGCGCCGCGCCUCCUGCGCCUCUUCCACCAGCGGGAGCAAGCGCGGCUCCGUGGACACAGCGCCCUCCAGCUCAAUCAGCACUCCCAGCGAGCCCCUCAGCCCCGCCAGCUCCCUGGGCGAGGAGCGCAACUGAGUCCCGCCGCCCCACACUCCCCGCCCAUCCUGCCUCCCUCGUCCAGAGGGCGGACGCAGAAUGGCACUGUUCCGAAACCCCACUCCGCAUCCCGAAGCCGCCUUGGGGUCCACAGCCCCGUCCCCUCCGCCGUACACUCCAGCCCUUCUGGCUCCUCUCUGGGAAUCCGCGACACUCCGGAAUCACAACGCCGUGCCUUUCCUGGGUUCCAGAAUGCAUACACUGUGCCCCGGAGCCCUUCGGGCCUGGCCUGGGCCUCCUCCCUCCCCGGGAGGGCUGGGCACCUGCCGUUACCCUGCCCUGGUGCCAGGGGUUUUAGGAAACCUGGUCUGUUGUCAUACAGGCAGGAGGCUCCUGGAGCCCUUGUGGCUUGCUGAUUUUCCAGCACACCGAAGAUGCCAUGCUCAGCUGUGGCCCGGGGGCCACCAAGCUCUGGAAACCAUGUGGUGUCCCUGUUAAUGGGGCAAUCCAGUCCACAGCUGGGGCACUUUCAGGGACUUAACUGAAUCCAGAAGGUCCUCCAUUUCAACUCCAGAACUCGGGCUCCAGACCAGGGCACUCGCGUCCUUACUCGGAUCUUAGCCCUUGUUGGGGUGUCUGGCUCUGCCUGGAGGGCCCCCCCACUCCUGCUCUCCUUUUUCUCCAUAUUUUGGCCAAUGGGAGGUGGGGGGUGGUACAGAACCACUUGGCUUCUCAUUCCUAUUGGAGAACAUGCAGUCUUGGUCUAGAUGCCUUUCUGGCCUUUUUUGAACCAGACCCUGUACCUCCUUCCCUGAGAGUCUGAGCUCUCCCCUCUAUCUUGAGAUUCCCGUGCUCUCCAGGGGAUCCCCUUGCUGAGGACUGAAGGGGCCGGCUUUCCCUGCCACAACCUCCGACCCCUAGGCCCACCGUAAAACCACUGGGUGCUAGGUCCCGGCUGCCGAAUCUGGAACCUCACCACUGUGCUGCUUCCCGGUCCCUUUCCCCGGUCUAGAAUGGAACCCACUUGGUUCUAGAACUUUCAUAUUUACCUCGAGGCUCUUCCAUCCUUAAGCUGUGUCCUGCCCCCCAGCUUUGGUGAAAGGGAGGGGCCCUUCACGCGUGCUGUGCUGUGUCUGAUGCACUUGCUUUGCAAGUUGGGAGGGCAGAAGAGGUGUGAUUGAUGUGUGUCCAGAGACGAAAAAAAUACAUCUAUAUUUAAGAAUCUGA